CAGCCGCUGCGUGUCGCUGUGCUCGGGCACUGUUGUGCGCGUCCCCUCUUCCUCCUCCUCCUCUUACCCAUAAUUCUCUGCGCCGAGCGCUAUGCCCGCCUCUGGAAAGAUGGCGGCGGUGUCGGUGUUUCCCGGCGUGCGGCUUCUCAGUAUCGGGGACGCGAACGGGGAGAUCCAGAGACACGCUGAGCAAAGGGAGCUGCGGCUGGAGGCCCGGGGAGGAGACAUCGCCCUCUAUAACGAGAGCGUCUGCGUGUUUAAAUGUACCAUAAACUCAGAAACAGAAUGCAGCCGCGUCGGCAAACAGUCCUUCAUCGUCACUCUGGGCUGCAACAGUGUCUUGGUCCAGUUUGCCACACCAGCAGAUUUCUGCUCCUUUUACAAUAUAAUAAAGGGUUGCAGGAGGUCCUCUUCAGACAAAAGUGUGUUCAGCGAGCGGACAGAAGAAUCAUCAGCUGUGCAGUACUUCCAGUUUUAUGGCUACCUGUCACAGCAACAGAACAUGAUGCAGGACUAUGUGAGGACUGGCACCUACCAGCGAGCUAUCCUACAGAACCAUCCAGACUUCAAAGAUAAAGUUGUUUUAGACGUUGGCUGUGGCUCAGGGAUCCUGUCAUUCUUUGCAGUUCAGGCUGGAGCUCGCAAGGUUUAUGCUGUUGAAGCGAGCAGCAUGGCACAGCACGCUGAGCUAUUGGUGAAGAGUAACAAUCUAACCGAUCGAAUUGUGGUGAUUCCAGGAAAGGUGGAGGAAGUGACUCUUCCUGAACAGGUGGAUAUUAUCAUUUCUGAGCCUAUGGGAUACAUGCUGUUCAAUGAGCGGAUGCUGGAGAGUUACUUGCAUGCAAAGAAGUUCCUCAAACCCAACGGUAACAUGUUUCCAACUAUUGGAGACGUUCAUCUAGCGCCGUUCACAGAUGAGCAGCUUUACAUGGAACAGUUUACAAAAGCCAACUUCUGGUACCAGCCCUCUUUCCAUGGUGUGGACCUUUCAGCACUUCGAGGAGCCGCUGUGGAUGAAUAUUUUAAGCAACCAGUUGUGGAUACCUUUGACAUUAGAAUACUGAUGGCCAAAUCUGUGAAAUAUACAGUGAAUUUCCUGGAUGCCAAAGAGACUGAUUUGCACAGAAUAGAAAUCCCCUUCUCCUUCCACAUGCUCCAUUCUGGUUUGGUCCAUGGCCUGGCCUUCUGGUUUGAUGUGGCUUUCAUCGGUUCCAUAAUGACUGUAUGGCUUUCCACGGCACCCACAGAACCCCUCACUCAUUGGUACCAGGUCCGCUGCCUCCUACAGUCCCCCCUCUUCACCAAAGCUGGAGACACAUUAUCUGGGACAGUCGUACUUAUUGCUAACAAAAGGCAAAGUUAUGAUAUCAGUAUUGUUGCUCAGGUGGAUCAGACUGGAUCCAAAUCUAGUAAUCUGCUGGAUCUGAAGAACCCGUUCUUUAGGUACACUGGCACAACGCCGUCCCCUCCUCCUGGUUCACACUACUCCUCUCCCUCUGAGAACAUGUGGAACACAGCAGGGGCGUACACCAUGAACACAGGGAUGGGCAUGGGAGGUAUGCCCACGGCGUACGAUCUCAGCAGUGUUAUAGCUGGAAGCUCAGGCAUCAGCCACAGUAACCUCAUCCCUCUAGGUGAGCAGUCUGCAGCCUCGUGUUCUGCGUCUCUGCAUCCGGGACCCCAAGACCUGACAUACGGAACCUCCACUAACACAGGAAUUGUUAAUCACACCCACUCCAGGAUGGGAUCCAUCAUGAGUACAGGCAUCGUCCAAGGAUCGGGCUCAGGACAAGCUGGUUCCAAUGUUACCAGCCACUACCCAGUCAACAACCAGUUCACUAUGGGUGGUCCAGCCAUCUCUAUGGCUUCUCCCAUGUCUAUCAACACCAACACAAUGCAUUAUGGGAGCUAAAACCUGCUCACUCCUCCCCCUGCAACCUUGGCUGCUCCUGCCCCGCCCUCUUCUCCCACCUCCCCCGUCCAGUCUCUCUCUCUCCAAAACUGACAGCAACAGGAAUACCAAAUGAUGCAGAGGUGUCUGUGCCCCUCCCCCUUUUCUGCUGAACCCAUUACCAGACAUUUGCACCGGUCCAAUCCUCAUCAUUGCCUUCCUCUGCUCCAUGUUUUUUCCCCAUGUUUAUUCCCCUCCUUCCAUUUGUACCAUAACACAAAGCAAGACGCUUUGCUUUCUUGAAAAUGGACUUGUACAUUUUUUUUUUUAAAGAAAUACUAAAAAAGCAUUGUCCAAAAAAAAAAAAAAAGUUUAAGGAUAGCGGUGGGUGUGGCUUAUGUUAUCAAGGAAACCAGAUCGUGCAUCAAGGAUUGAGCCUGCACAGGUGUCGUAUGCGGACUGUUCUGUUGGGUGCCCCCUUACCCGGGCAUUGCUGUGAAUUAGUAUUGCAACCGUUAGGGCAAGAGGGUGGGGGAGGUUUUAUUAGCACUGUGCUUCAUUGAAGGAAUCAUGCCCCUCUCGUUUCUGCAGGGAUAGGGGGUACAAUUUAUCACUUGCUAGGGAAUUCUUUUGUUUACUUACAGCUGCUGUCUUGUCUUAUCUGGGAAGCAGAAUCUGAACUGACUACCCCCCCCCCCCCCCCCACCCCCAUCCAAGAAGUGUGGUUCCUUCCCAUGUCCUUAGUUUGGACUCUGGAAUCAGCUGUCCGUCUGUCCUUUCGCCCCCCUUGGUGUUAAGACAUUGCAUGUUCACUUUAUGUACCAAUUGUGGGAAGAAAAGGGAGCCUGUUAUUCUUGCUGUAAUAUAGACGUUACAGUUUUAAUCUAAUACAAUUAAAUUGAAGGGUUUUUUUUUUU